AUGACCAACCAAACCAAAUUGAAUCCCCUCCCCCACGGUGUCUACGUCCCCACCGUAGCAUUCUUCAAACCUGACGAAGAGGUCGAUCUCGCAACAGUCGAGAAACACGCCGUGUAUCUCGCCCGCAGCGGGGUAACUGGUCUAGUAACCCAGGGCAGCAAUGGCGAAGCCGUCCACCUGGACCGCGAAGAGCGCAUGGCCAUCACAGCCGCCACACGCCGCGCCAUCAAUGAAGCAGGAUAUAGUACCAUGCCUGUGAUUGCCGGCUGCGGCGCCGCAUCGACUCGUGAAACCAUCCGGUAUUGCCUUGACUCAGCGGCAGUAGGGGCCGACGCUGUUUUGGUGCUCCCACCCAGCUACUACAAGACCCUCGUGAGCACCGAGUCCAUGCACGCCCACUUCCGUGCAGUAGCCGAUGCAUCGCCCAUCCCCGUGCUCAUCUACAACUUCCCCGCCGUGCAGUCCGGUCUCGAUCUGAGCUCAGAUGAUAUCUUGGCGCUGGCCGAACACCCCAAUAUCAUCGGAUGCAAGUUCACGUGCGGUAACACGGGGAAGUUGGCUCGUGUCGCGGCGGCGAAGCCGGAUUUCUUGAAUUUUGGUGGCUCGGCCGAUUUCACGCUACAGACGCUUAUUGCCGGUGGGGUGGGGAUUAUCGGUGGACUGGCUAAUAUCAUUCCGCGCUCGUGUGUGCGCGUUAUGGAGCUGUAUCGUGAUGGGAAGAUUGAGGAGGCCCAGAAGCUUCAAGCUAUUGUAGCGCGGGCGGACUGGGUUGCUAUUCAGGGUGGCUUCAUCGCGGUGAAGCAAGCCCUCCAAUCCUACCGGGGAUAUGGUGGUCUUCCUCGGAAGCCUUGUGUUGUGCCCUCUGUUAAGGCUGCGGCGGCCAUCCAGGAGGAGUUCCGGGAGGGGGUGGAAUUGGAAAAGUCAUUAGAGACAGUCUAA